GAGUGAGCAGGCAGUAGUUGAGCUGGGCGAACGGACCUCCCUCUCCGACUCCGGGAGGCUGUCCCGUCCACCCGGAUGAGAAGCAGGCGGGCAGGGAGGAGGGCGGAGCUGUGAGAGCUGUCAUACGGAUAUGUUUCAUUUCUCAGACGGCCCCCCUCCACACACACACACACACACACACACACACAGACACACACACACACACACACACAACCAGCGACAGAAUCUAACCGUUUAACCGCGACCACAGCGCCUGAGGAGCAGCAGGAUGCCGGUGAAAGGCGGAGGAAGGCUGGUCUCUUACCCGAGUAAGAGCGACAAUGUCGGAAGCUCGGGGAUGGAGGAGACGGUGUGGGAGCAGUACACAGUAACUCUGCACCGGGAUUCUAAGAUGGGUUUUGGCAUCGCCGUGUCAGGAGGGCGGGACAACCCCAACGUGGACAACGGAGAGACAUCGAUCAUCGUGUCAGACGUGCUGCAGGGAGGACCAGCAGACGGAUUACUCUUUGAGAAUGAUCGAGUCAUUCAGGUGAACUCCAUCGCCAUGGACAACGUGCCUCAUUCCUUCGCUGUGCAGUCGCUCCGGAAAUGUGGAAAAGUGGCCAAAAUAACAGUGAAGAGACCUCGUAAGGUAGCGGUCCACUCACUGAAGCAGCCCCCCUCCCCAGACGGGGACAGUCGGGAUUACGCCCCCUCCACCCACUAUUACGACGCCGACAACGAUAACGGCUGGUACCGCAGCGAGGGCCGCGACCACACCUCUGACAGCAAAGAAUACCUGGACCCUGAUUACAUGGGUGGGCGGGACUACAACACAAGAGGGAGGAGCCGUGGGAGGAGCCAGGAGAGGACAUCCCCCAGCCCGGACAGGUCCAGGAGGGACGGCAGCCGGGGGCGCGCCCUGGACACCAGCGCGGACCGUCAGAGGUACCACAGUCGAGGACGCAGCCCUGGAGACAGCUAUCGUAUGGAGGAGAAGUACGAGCGAGGAGAGGGAGGAGGAGGCAAAGGAGGGAGGUACAAGAGCAGGGACAGACUCAACGAAACCCCCCCAUCCCCAGAACCUUCCAGAGAGCUGGAGCCACUGGAGAAACCCGUCAACGUACUGCUGGUGAAGAACAGACCUAACGAAGAGUACGGUCUGCGUUUGGGGAGUCAGAUCUUCAUCAAACAGAUGACAAGCACCGGCCUCGCAGCGAAGGACGGAAAUCUGCAGGAGGGAGACAUCAUUCUCAAGAUCAACGGGACGGUCACAGAGAACCUCUCUCUGCACGAUGCCGGGAAGUUGAUCGAGAAGUCGAGAGGGAAGCUGCAGCUGGUGGUCCAGAGAGACCGCCGUCAGAUCCUCGUACGCAUCCCCCCCCUCGCAGACUCUGACUCUGAUAAUGACGACAUCUCAGAGAUGGAGUCUUACCAUUCAUAUUCUCCCCCAGAGGAGAGGAGAUCGCGUCAGUCUGACCUGUCCUCACACUCGUCCAAUGAAAGAGACAUCCAAAGGGAAGAUUCCAUGAAAACAGCCAAGAUGUCCGCCAUGGCCUCCCCGUUCAGAAUACCUGAAGACCCCAAAGCGUCAGCGGAGCUGGAAAAAGACAUACCGCAAAUCGAGGAGCCUCCAGCUGCUGUGACAACCACACCAAAGAUUCUCCUCCGGCCGAGUCCAGAAGAUGAAAAACUUUACGGGCCAAACACGAUAAUGGUGAACUUCCAGAAAGGAGACAGUGUGGGUCUGAGGCUGGCCGGAGGAAAUGAUGUCGGCAUCUUCAUCGCCAGUGUUCAGGAGGGCAGUCCUGCUGAGGAGGAGGGGCUGCACGUCGGAGACCAGAUCCUAAAGGUGAACAACGUUGACUUUCAAGGUGUAGUGAGAGAGGAGGCGGUGCUCUUCCUGUUGGAGAUUCCUAAAGGAGACGUGAUCACCAUCCUGGCUCAGAGCAAACCUGACGUCUACAGUGAUAUCUUGGUGUCUGGGCGCGGGGACUCUUUCUUCGUCCGGACACACUUUGAGUACGAGAAGGAGACUCCUCAGUGCUUGGCCUUCAGCAGAGGAGACAUCUUCAAAGUGGUGGACACCCUGUACGACGGAAAACUUGGGAACUGGCUCGCCAUCCGUGUCGGGAAGGAGAAGCAGCUGCUGGAGAAGGGAAUCAUCCCAAACAAGAGCAGGGCGGAGCAGAUGGCCAGCGUGCAGAGCUCUCAUAAAGCCGUAGCCGCCGAUCGAGCAGACUUCUGGAGGUUACGAGGUCAGCGCUCUUUGAAGAGGAAGGACCUGAAGAAGAGCAGAGAGAACCUGAGCACUCAGACGCUCGCCACACGCUUCCCCGCCUACGAACGAGUCGUGCUUAGAGAAGCUGGUUUCAGACGUCCCGUCGUUCUUUUCGGUCCCAUCGCUGAUGCUGCGAAUGAGAAACUGGCCUCUGAGAUUCCUGACCUGUUUGUUAUUGCCAAAACGGAGCCAAAAGACGCCGGCUCUGAGAAAUCCUCAGGAGUGGUUCGCCUGAACACCAUCAGACAAAUCAUCGAGCAGGACAAGCACGCCCUGCUGGAUGUGACACCCAAAGCUGUGGACACCCUGAACUACACCCAGUGGUACCCCAUCGUCAUCUUCUUCAACCCGGACAGUAAGCACGGCAUCAAGGCCAUCAGGCAGAGGAUCGCCCCCAACUCCAACCGCAGCGCCCGUAAACUGUACGAGCAGGCCGUCAAGCUGAGGAAGACCUGCCCGCACCUUUUCACUGCCACAGUUGAUAUGAACUCCGCCAAUGACGCCUGGUACGGCAGCGUCAAAGACUCCAUCAGAGAGCAGCAGAUGCAGGCAGUGUGGGUCUCUGACGGCAAGCUGGAGGGAGUAGAGACUGAUCUGGACUGCCAGGACGUCGAGCGCCUGUCCUUCCUGUCCGCCAUGUCGGCCGACUACCUCAGCAUGGACAGCCGGCUGGCAUCCGACCUGGACGACACCGCUGACGAGGGCGGGGCCUACACCGACAACGAGCACGACGCUGAGUUGAUGCACAUCUCCGCCAUCAGCCGCUCGUCUGAACCUGUCUCAGCUGAGGAGAUCUUGCGCAGGUACAGUCCAGACAUCAGGAGUCGAAUGAGGAAGAUCAGCAGUCAAGAAUUCCUCAGCAGGUCGAGCCCUCCACAUGUCUUCUUAACGGACAAGGUAAAACUUUCUCUCAGAGACACUCCUGUCCUCGUAUCCAGCUCCACCAACCCACACCUUCACCACCGUCAACACCACCCGUCACCACCCAGCUGCAGCAGAAGUUAUGACUCUCCGUCCAGCAGCAGCCCGGCCAGCAGCAACAACGACCCCCCGCCCCCAAUUUCACGUUCAGCCGGCUUCUCCGGCCCGCCACCCCCACCUCCACUCCAUCACUUCAACUCCUGCAGCAGUCCGCGGUCCCUAGGGGCCCCCCAACUUCCCAGCAGCAGUAGGAGUAUGGCGGAGAUGGCGCAUCACUCCCCUGCAGCUCUGCCCAGUGUGAACGUAGCCGCCUGCAGGCAGCGGGCAGAGGACAGCCCGGUGGACGAUCCGUCCAUGAGGACCUUCCUGGGAAAGAUUAAAGCCUUUGAGAAGCUGGAUCACUUCGCCCGAGCACAGAGGAUUCUGGAGGUCCAGGAGGCACACAAUGCCAGGGUGGAAAUCGCUCAGAAGCAUCCGGACAUCUACGCCGUUCCUGUGAAGACGGCCAAGCUGGAUCACAGUCGUCCUCAGCCUAUCGGCUCCAGCUCUCAUUCGGACCCCCAGACUCCUCCUCCUCAUCUUCCUCCCAAAGAGCGAAGUCCCUUCUACCAUGGCGAACAGGAGAGAGUGGAUGACACAGGAUACUUCAACGCCAACUCCUACCAGUACCAGGACACUGAGCUGUAGGGUCUGCACACCCUCAGCCCCCUGGACCAACAUGUACCAUGCACUGCUGCACAUGAAGUCUGUUCACACACUAACCAUUCCAUCACGUCUGCACAAAACGCUGCUGACUUUGAACUGACUCUUGCUUCUUUAGUAUCGACCUGAAAAUAAUCUUUCUUUCUUUUCUUUUUUUUUGCUUCAAGGAAGUCAAAGCAAUCUGUGCUAUCCGUUUGGAUAGGAACACACUGUCUACGCUUUUAUGUUCGUUUUGAGUGAUUCCUUCUUAUAUACAACUUUAAAUGGUCCAAACUGAGUGACUUUGGAACCACUUGUUUUCUUGCCUAUGCAACUUUUUCAGUUUGUGCACAGCAACUGAAACCUAUUGCCACGAGUUCUGUCCUCACAAAAACCUCAACAAACCCAAAAACCCACAAAGCGCUUUAUCACAUCACUCCCUUCUUUUUAAGCUCCUAAUAUUGCCAGCCAUGAUCGACAAAGGUUACGUAUAUAUUCUAUUAUACAGCAUAUAUAUAUUAUAUAUCUAAAGUCAAGUGUUUAUACUCUGUCUUUGCAUUCCUACGUAUAUAUGACAAUGCAGUAUAUAUCUAUAUAUACAUAUAUAUAUAUUCUAUCUUGUAACUCUGGAAUUUGUUACAAUUUUUUGAAGUGCCUUUUCCUUUUGUUAUUCCCAUGAGGUUUGGGUUGUCUUUCCUCCGCCCCUCAGCCACCCAGCCAUACUUAAACCUCUGCUGCUGUCAAGCUUAAAGGGAAACCAGGGAACCAGUGACACCGAAACCUUAAUGCUGUCCCCUCACACUGUACUGUUUGCAGAAAACACACCAACAAAGAUACAGUUCACACCCUGCAGCCAGACAGUCUGCCAUGUGUAGGAACGUUAUGUCUGAUCUCUAGAGCCACACCAAUCCAAUACAACUUCAAACUGUAGAAGUUAAAACAGCCCGCUCACUUAAUAAAACCAAGAAUUUGGAGCAAUAAUCAAACAGAAAUAAUGGAAUUGGAAAAAUCUGUGAAUUUGUUUCAUAUUUGCACAACAUCAAAUUGAUUUGCAAAUCAUGCAAUUCGUUAUACAAUUAUCAGUUCUCAAUUAAUGAACUGACAGAAGAAUAGAUAGUUACAUUUCAGAGGUGCAUCAAGCAAUGUUCUAAGGUUGUAAUCAAGGUUGUCAAAAUUUUUAACAUGUUGAUACUCUGCAUUAUGACGUGUUUUAUAAUGAUACAGCCGAUACUGUUUUAAUGAUCGAUAGUGUCAAAAAGUACCAAAGCUUUAAAAAAACAACUUCAGAUCUUCAUUUAGACAUUUUACUAAAAGCUACUGCAAGAGAAGUGUAGAGCAGCGAUUCACUCAAAAUGACAGAUCGACAAAUACCGACCUUUCUCAAGACCUUUGAGAGUCUUAUGCAAUAGAUGCAAUAGAUAUGUCUACAUCUCUUCCAGUGCUGUGUAGAGGUCGCUAAUUAAUAAAAGAAGUAGAAAAAAUACUUUACAUAUCUAUUUCUUAAGAAAGUUGUGAAGGAGAGGAACGAGUCCAUCAAAAAUGUGCAAGUAAGCUUCUUCACAUUGUUGGAAAUUGCACAAAUCAUGUGAAAGUUCUAGGUACUGAUAUGUUUUGUGUUCUGAGAUGAUGUGCAGGAGUUUACCUGCAAUUUCAGAUGGAAUAAUUCCUCUCAAACUGUUUAUGAUACUAUCGGUCAUUACAAAUAAAAGAGAUUGUAUCCUUUCAAACAUGUGGUAUCUAAAAGUGUCAAGAUCUCAGAAAUAUUGACAACCUUCAUUUAUACAUGAAUGACAUUUAUUGAAUUGUCCCACUUUCUGCUGCGACUUAUUCUUUUUCUUUUUGUCGACUUUAAUGCUCAGUUUUCAUCGCUGGGCUUUUUAACCUCACAGAAGAAAAUGCUCAUACAAGGAUUUCUUUGUCUUUGGAUGUUUUGCUUAUUAUGUUCCUGCAGGUGGCGCCAUCUUCUGUUUGUUUAGCUAUGAUGGCUAUCACUGCCUAAGCUAAUAACUCUAUGAAAUGACAAGUUUAGCUGUUUACUAUUUGUCUUAUUGUCAACAAAUCCAGUGUCAAGAUGCAAACCAACAAUGAGUUGAUCCACCUUGUGUUGUGUGUGUGUGUGUGUGUGUGUGUGUCCACUGCAGGGCGGCCAUGUUUUGAUUCCCUCAAAUCAGGAACCUUAAUGGUACCACACACUAUGUACACACAGCCAAACACUCAUGCAAGCACUGCAGCAAUUUAUUAUUUGAGCAGAUAGCGAACCUACCAAGUGCAACUUUAAGGGUAUAAUAAGAGACUUUCAGAGUGUUGCAUGUUCGAGUGGUUCCACUUUACCACCAAUCUCGCAAACCAAAACUAACCACACCACUUCCCCUCCUCCCCCACCCACUCUCUGUGUUCUGACUGAGUGCAGCCUUUUGUAGGACUGAUGUAUUUGAGACCAAACUAAAUCUUUUCUUCGGAUCUUAAAUUGUUCUCCAGUGACGCCAUUAUGCCUCUAACAACAGCGUCCCUUAGUGGGCAGGACCGUCUCUCUUCCCCCCGUAGUGGCAGGGCUAACAUAUAAGAGAGUUUGACUUCACUCUGUUUUAAGGAAGUCAUUACUUAACGAUAUAAUUGAUAUUUGUUUUAUUCUUUAAAAUGUUGCAUUUUAUACUUUUAACCAUCAUUUUUGCCGCUUGGGUCUGUACAAAGGAAGGAGAAAGCCAAGUGGGACCAUACUGUAUAAUCAACCCCUCAAACCAGGACCCUCAAGUGUACCUUAAGAUCUUGCUGGUGCUCUUCCAUGUUUAUGCACUUAGACAUUUUCACAAGAGGGAAUAUUAUUUCAGUCCUAAGUACACCUACUAAAUGCAGGGCGGGAGCUUAAUGAAGGCGUUAGCCUCUCGUUAGUCAUUAGAUUAAACUGACUUCCUCUUUGGCAUAAGAGCUAACCAUUAGCAUAAUUACAGCUAACCAGUUGCAUACUGAAAAACUCACCGUAGCCUGUGGUUGUGUCCGAAAUCAACCACUCAUUCCCUUCUCCCUACAUAGGGAGCUCUUUGUAGUGGACUAUAUAGUACACUAAUAUGCAAAAUAAAGAAAAUGCAUGAUAGUGAAUAAUGAUUGGAUAGUUAGUGACCAUCAGUUGUUCACUAAAUUUUAUGAUGCAUUAUGGGAUACAAUAAGUGCACUAUAUAAGUUAUCACAAUGCUUACUCAGAAUUUGGACUUCAAAAUAGUGUAUUCCCUAUAAAGUGUACUUUAUAAAUAGUGUGAUUUCAGACACAGCCUGUGACACUUGACUCAAGGGCUAGCUAGAUAACGACAAGUGGAUAGACUUACACAUAAUCAGACAAGUCUGUAUUGAAUUCAGACCCGCAAUGCAUAAUAUGGUUUCAUUUGGCGUCAGGUAAUAUUUAGUAGGAUAUAACACUGUAAGCACAGAAUAAAACAAAAUAUUUAUUUUAAUUGUAAUGAAACCAGCACUAUGUAGUGUUGUGUUGUACAGAUAAUUAUUGUGUCCGUCAAGCCCGCUUCUCGUAAUCCAAAGCCUUAUCUAUUCUUCCUCUGUGCCAUAGAGCUCCUCUGUUUUUCAAAAUAAAACACAACAACUUAAAAGAACACCAAAUGUGUAUUAUGCCACUGCUCAAAGUAGUCCCAAACAUUGGACUAUUCACUGCUGCGUCCAGCUGUUGUAAAAAACUAUUGAGCCUUUUAAAAAAAAAUUAAAUAUAUAUUUAUACGCUUUUUUAAGUCCUAUGUAAACACCUUACCGUAUGAAGAAACACACAUUGUUGGUUUUGGUCUUUAUGUGGAUUUUUAUGACAAUAAGAAUAACACAGAGUAACAGCAGACUUUGAAUGGAGCGUGUGUUAAGAAGCGACAGAAUAAGACAAGAGGAAUAUCUUGAUUUGGAGCCGUUGGAUGUCGUGCCUAAGUUUUCACACAGAAACUUGUCAAGAUGUAAAAAUCUAAAAUGCAGGAUCCACCUGAAGGCCUUCAUCUUGUCAUUUGAUUAUGUGAUGUAUAUUUUCUAUUCAAAAACAAAUAUCACUGUCAGAGGCCCUUUAGUGACAUGGAUGAUUGUGGGCUUUUUCAUGAUGGCUCUGAAAGUAGAAACAGCUUCUGAUCCAAUAUAUGGAGCCACUAAGAGGACAUGGGCAGGAAAAAUAAAUGACGUUUCAGGUGCACAGGAAAAGCUAUGUUGUAAGCACCAGAAACUUGAGCACAAGAAAGUUCCACGUGAUCACUCAGAAGUAUUGUGUGUGCACCAGUGAGUUUCAGUUUGUCUCAUAGGAUUGACUUACUUGUCUUUUGCCAACUCUGACAACCAGAGAUAUGUUGAAGAGUUUCAUGUGUGCACGCAAUACUUUCUCAUGUGCACAAAAAACAUCCUUGUGAGCACUUAAGUCUUUCUCAUGAGCUCCUAAAACUCUCUAGUGAGCACUGAAUAACUUAACUCUGAUUAGUGAAAAUGUACAAUGUCUUUUACAAUUGAAAAACUUCAUUAAGCGCUUGUAAAACUCGAAUGAACCAAAAUAAUUCUUACAAGCACAUAAAACUUUCUCAUGAUCUCAUAAAUAUCUUGUGAGCUCACAUGAAAGAUUUUUGUGUGCAGGAAAACUUCCUUAAGAGCACACAUAACUUGCUCAUGAGCACAAGAUAUUCUCUCGUGAGCCGGGGUUAGUUUUGUGUGUGCGUGAGAAACGUGUAUUUGUUUAUUUUCAAUCCAUAUCCUUUUAGGGGCUAAGUACCAAUCAAACCACAGAGGGAGACAUAUGAUGUUGUUUACGCUCGCAGACAUUUCCUUCCACAAAGCUACCAGAAAUGGAGAACAGCAAGAGUAAAAUCUGAAAUGAGCUGGCUGAGUCAUUUUUGUAUUAAGUCAUCCACAGAGAGGGUUAAAUCUUAUUUAUACUCCCAUAAGAACCUGUGACGGAGGAGUGUUGAUCGGAGGCCACAUGCUGUAUAACCCACAGAGAACUUGAGAGAGGGACUGUGCGCUCUGUCUGGGUCUUGGUGACUGUGGUUGAAGGGCCUCGGCUCUCUUUCUCUAUCAGUGUGAAUGAACGGUGUCUCAGAUGUUUCAGAUAUUCUUGAUUGUAUUUCUCAGUUCACUCUUUACCUCCACACACGAGUUACAAAGUGCUGACUGCUGUUGUUGAAUUCUUGUACUGUGUCAUGGCAGAGGGUUGUGUUACAAUGACGACGAGAGGAAUGACUGUUUCUGCUGAGUUUUUCCAUGUUUUCACCUUAAAACACCAAAUAAAACAAAAGUCUUAACCACA